GGUUUAUGCAUAUAUAAAUUUUAGAUGUUUUUUUUUCUGUUUCAAAGUAUGAGCUCCUAUCGGAAUUCUAAUGAUUAAGAUUGACGCUUUUUCGCUUGAUAUACAAGAUUUUAUCCAAUGUUUUGAUGAUGUUUUGUGAAGGAAGUCGGUGAUCUACUGGCUGAUCCGAUGAUGAGUUUUAUUGGCGAUGGAAAUUUGUUUUUUUUUUCGCAAAUAAACUCAUAUAUUGACUCAAGCAAUUUCUCUCGUCAUAACAAUUAUUCUAAUAUUUUCAAAAUGAGACAGUGAUAUGAUCUACCAUAUUUUAAAUUCUAGGCGUUAAAGCCGAGAAAAAACUGAAAUUAAAGAAAUGAAAAAUUGCUUUUGCCGGUGCAGAUGCCGGGCGAUUGCGCGCACUGCAGAUCAAAUAAAGAGAAAUCGGCUCAUAAGUCAAAAGUAAAUAAUAAUCAUUUCGAAAAGCGACGAGAGUUGAAAGGUUUUUUGUUUCUGAAAGUAARUAUUUUUUGAACAUAUGAUUCUUGAACAAUUGUACUUUAGUCGUUCAGUAAUGUAUAACGGUUUAUGAAACCUUUCGAUUUCUUUUAUCUCUUCCUACAAGAUUCAUCUUGAUUGAAUGAUAAUAAAAAGAAUUAUUGGAUGAGGUUAAGGUUGAUAUGAAGAAUUAUACAAGCCAAGUUAGCUGAUAUUCUAUAAAAAACAUACUGUGAUAUAACCAAACUUAAUCGAUGCAUUCAUUAUAUUAAUAGAAAAAAUGUAUAAAGCUAGUAAUGUCUUUAAUUGAAAGGAUUAUAUGUCAGUUUAAAUGGAAGGUUUUAAAUACAUUUGCACAUCGCUUAAGUCGUCAUCUCGUUAUAACUCUGAUAUGAGCAUCCUCGGUGCGACCGUUGUUACGUAUGCGUGACGUUAAAGGUAUGCCAAAUCAAAAACUUAACUGAUUGUUACAUCGGCGAUGAGCCAAAGGCGUACAUGAAGUUUAAUCACAAACGAAUACAUGCAUAUUUUGAAUAAAAUAAACUCGUUUGUAAAAAUUCUAUGACUGCUGCUUGAACAUAUGUCCCUAUAUCAAGUGCAUCAUGGGUACUUUUUCCUAAGAUGGCGGACAGUUUUUAUCCCAAAAUGAUCCGGAAUUCUGACCAAAAUGAAUAAUUCUGAGCAAAAACAUGCAAGACAACUUUCCAGAAAUAGAAAUAGCAAACACAUGUCAUGAAAUUUUUGCUGAUUCAUGAUUGUUGUUCCUCGUGGCAAACAGUCUUUGACAAAAACUGUCAAGUUUGAAAUCCAAGAUGGCGGUCCGAGGUUCGGAAGUCUAUGUAAACGAUUUCCCAAGCACUAAAAACAAAAAUCGAUAUGACAAGAGCUUUAAGUCCUCAUUUUGUUCCUCAUGAAAAACUGCCAUGUCACAAUGAGGACAUUAUUUAAUGAUUUGAAAGUGAAGGGAAGAUAUAAUGAAGGUUGAAUAUGUCCGCCGGAACAUGUGGGAGGAUGUCAUAAAAUAAGGAUUUUUUAAUUUGACAUGUGUUGCAAGUACAUUUGACGUUUUAAUUGCCAUUCGUAUUUUACCGUCCCGAUAAGUAUUAAUGAUAUGGGUUUAGCUUUCGAGUUUUAAAUGGCACUUUUUUUCAGUACGACGAUGCAACUUACAUCAUGAUUUAACCUCCGGGUAUUUAUUCCUUGUCAUUCCAACUUUUCCAUCUAUCAUGUUUUAAAAUUUCAUUUUCCGUUUUGAUUUUUUUCCUUUCUCUAUAGGUUUUUUUUGAAAUCACAGUGGAGUUCAAUCUCUCGCAUCUUUUUGUUGAUUUGAUUCACAGCAUUUCACACUGUCUUUGACCUCACUUCCCGUAUUUUCUUUAUUCCUCUUCUCAAAACAUCUCUCCGUUUCAAUUAACGCACAAUUUAUCAUUCUAUUGAGAAGGUGAUUUUCACCCCUAAAGAAACUAAGCUCAAACCACUCGAUGACACAGUUUUACUUCCAUCCAAAAUAAAUGCGCUUUCAAAAAGCACUUUGAGAUAUGGCGAAAUUUUUAAGUUCCAUCAAAAUCAUUAACUUCGAUUUUGCGCCUGUCAAAUUUGUCUUCUUGUAGCUUCUUUAACUGUUUCACAAUCGCCUAACAUCAGCGCUAUUUUCAAUCCAAAUUUCAUCUUUUUAAAGUAUUCUUUUCUUCGCCAAUCACUCUAUUAAAAUGUAAGAAAUUAGUCUUCUGUAAAAAAAACCGUAAGAUUGAAAUUAUCUAGAUUUGCGAGGGAUUUCUGUUCAUUUUCGUUUGUCUCCCCUCCCUUCUCUUCUCCCUCCGACUUCGUUCCCAUUCCUACUCGUAAAUUCCCAUAUAUGGUAUUCCAGUAGGUGUUUUUCCUUCUUCAGUACUGUCAUGGCGGACAAGAAGCGGCCUUGAAAGUUAGUCUUGCCUUACCUUAUUCCUUGUACUUUCUUCGCAUAGAACACAUCAAACAUUCACCACAUCUUUGAGCAAGCUUGCAAGGCUGGUGUGCUGUAAUCCCAUGACAAGUUUCUGGAGGAAUUAGUGAUCUUUUUGGACUGAAAUCAAGAAGUUUCGAAGUUUCUGAAGGCCAAGGUGUGGGGAGACAAGAUGUCAUACUUCAAACAACUUGUCAGCAAGAAGAAGAGAAGGUUCAAGGAAGGAGGUUUCGACCUUGACCUGACCUACAUCAAGCCAAAUAUUGUUGCUAUGGGAUUCCCUUCGGAGAAUAUUGAAGGAGUGUAUCGGAAUCACAUGGACGAAGUUUAUAGGUUUCUGGAGCAACGACAUAAGGAUCACUACAAAGUCUACAACUUAUGUUCAGAGAGGCAGUAUGACCCAUCAAAAUUCCAUCAAAGAGUUGCAACGUAUCCAUUUGACGACCAUAAUGCGCCACCAUUUGAGCUUAUCAAGCCUUUUUGUGAUGAUGUAGAUGAAUGGUUAAAAGCGCAUAAGGAUAAUGUUGCUAUCAUUCACUGCAAAGCAGGAAAGGGGAGGACAGGGGUAAUGAUUUGUGCCUAUCUACGUCACAAUGGUCACUUUGAUGAUGUCAACGAAGCGUUGAAAUAUUAUGGAAAUGCACGGACCAGGAACGCUAAAGGGGUGACCAUUCCAAGUCAACGUCGCUAUGUCUGUUACUAUGAUACGUUAAUUCGACACAAGCUCACAUACGAACCCACUAUGGUAUUAUUGGAAAGGUUUGAGAUAAUUACGAUACCUAAUAUGCAGAAUGGAACGUGUAGUCCAUAUUUUACUCUUUGGCAAUAUAAAGUGAAAAUACAUCAAUCGAAAGUUUUUGAGACUACAAAACGUGGUGAUACAACAAUAACCCUUCCGCUACCACAGCUGCUACCCAUUUGUGGUGAUAUCAGAAUAGAAUUCUUCCAUAAGGAAAAAUUUUCAAAGGAAAGAAUAUUUCAAUUUUGGUUUAAUACCUUUUUUAUAAGUGUUGGUACCAAUUUAAGUGAAGACAGUACAGAGAUAUCCGAUCCCGCCCUUCAAUCAUUUUACGAUGAAAAGACAAAAGAGAGAUGGUUUGCAUUGCCAAAGCAAUAUAUAGACAAGGCUCACAAGGAUGAGAAAUGUAGGGUCUUUCAAGCAGAUUUUAAGGUGAAGGUGUUUUUCAAGGAAGUUGGAGAGAGAGAAAAUAUCAAGGUAAAAGGCAAGAAGUCUGAUUCUAAAUCGAACAAUAAAUCAAACAAUGACGCUGGAAAUGUUACUGAAGAUGAAGAUAACUUCUCAGACACAGACAACGAAGAAACAUGGGCCAAGGAAGAAACUCUGGUUUGAUCACAACAUGUAAAGCUAGAGAUGUUGUUUCAUUUGAAAGACUGUCCAGAUAAAAAGGCUACAUGAUUAUAGGAAGUUUUGAAUUUCUCUGUCACAUGAUGUUGCAACAGCCCUUGUUGUUAUGGUAACCAAAGGUUGACUAAACACCAAAAAUUUCAUAUUAAAACAAAGAAAAUUAUAAGCAAUCAUGACAAAAGACUAUUAAAAUUAGUAGAGGCAAGCAUCCCAGAUGUAGAUUAUUAGUGGAAAUUAUUUUUACUAUACUUGUGUGAAUUCUUGUGUGCUAAUUGACUGAUUAGAGUGUGUCAAACUCACACAGUGCUGACAACAUCAUGUCUGAGCAUGUGAGCUGUUGAAAAAAAGGAAUGAUUUUUGCUAUUUUUUAGACUAAAAACAUGGCAAAAACAAAUUGUACAUUGUUGUAUAGUUGUCUCUUAGGGCCUUCUCUUGUCAGAAAAUGUUCAGAACUUUGCAGUGAACCAAUGCACUAAACUCAUGGGCUCACAGUUUUAGUUUUGAACAUUUUUGAAAUGUCAAGAGUGUGUUAAUAAGAGGAUAUGGAACUCAAAACCAUGUGUAAUUUGUUAAAUUUGGAAUUUCAAAUGUUAAUCAGAAAUCUAUCCCACACAGUAAAAUGUGCUGCAAUGUUUUAUUAUGUGACUUUAUAAUUGUCACAUACAAUGAUAAAUUGUUAUGGUGUAGACUUUCUAUCUGGACAACCUUUUAUGCUAUUCAUAAACCUACAAUAAUGUUGCCUAAAUUUCUUCUGUUGGAUCAAUUAUUUCUUCAUUGCAAAAACCUAAAAACACCAUAGUGUCCAAGUAAAAGUAACAUUGUAUUUAUCCAAUCAGAGAGACUUUUCUAGGCAGCUUUGACUACUGCGUGGUACUUCAAAUGAAGCCACUUACGAGAAUUUUUUCAAAACCAUUUUCAAUGAGAUCUAGGUAACCAUUAAUUUUAUUAAAAAUUUUGAUUAUCAAUUAAUCAUUAAUGAUUAUUAAUAAAACACUGGUGUAUAUAUUUUCACAUACACAUUACAGCUGGUUUCGAUGUAUAUGUGCUCUAGAUUGACAUAAUAAUAGCGACGUUUCAGAAGGUAAUAUGGUCCAGUGGCAUAACACAUUUUAUACGUCUUUUAUAUCAUAACACACCCUUAAUGAUAAUUAUUCUUCAAAAUAAUUGACCUUUUAGAAGACAGCCGCUAUCUUGAACUAUUUAGCACACAAGACAUUUAUGUCUGUGCAGUGUUUUGUGAUAAAGAAAUUUUGUUUUUUCCUUGGAUGAAACUAUAGUGAAGCUGGAACUUGUGUAGCUUUAGCUUUUAAAAACAUUUACUGGUUUUACUAAAUUGGAGACUACUUUAUUCACAAAAUCACUAAGUUUAGAAUUUGAGAUGGUGGCUUUUUCAAUAAAAAGGCUUUUAGCUUAACCAAUAAAGUUCUGGCUUUAAGCUUGAGGUUUUGGUUAAGUUAUAAUAAUCCAAUAAUUUCUUAUUGGAUGACAAAUGUGAGCUCUGUCUACUUUUCAGUUAUUUUGCUAGUCAGAUUCAAUUGAUUUGCCUUGCUUUAAGAUAAGCUUUAGUGCAUGCACUCAAAAGUGUGCAUACUGUCAUCUUUAACUGUUUAUUCCCUUACUUUAUUACACACUAGAGUAGAGUGAUCGCACUUAAACCGCACAACUGUACAAACUUAAAGGGACACUGUCAAUGGAUGACAUGUGUAGUAACAGUCUUGCCUCUAACGGACUUUGAA